AUGGAGCUGUUCAUGAGUGAUAGACCGCUAUCGAUAUUUGGAACUACGCAAGCUGCCUGGAACAUGCCUCAGUCGCAAACGACAAGUUCGCCUCUGAAGAGACCGCCGAUCGGAUCGCCAUUGUCGACUACGCUAUACACGCAACCAACGGUAGCGAGACCUCCACUGUUGUUUAGCAAAAAUUCGUCAUCGUCAUCUUUAGGUGGCUUAGAGCAGAAUAUCCCACCGAAGAACAUACCACCAUUCCAGGCUUUCCUGCUGACGACGCCACCACUCAAGCAUGACCCCGAUAAACCACUUCCGCCAACUCCUUCACAGAUACCAGCGGCGGUUGAUGACUACGAUACAAGCUUCAGAAGAAGAUCGAGCAGUGUAUACAGCCGCACACCGAGCUAUUGGGCUGUCGAGUCUAUUGAAUCCUGGCAGACGAACGAUCUAGAAGAGAUUUCGAGGACUGUAUUACCACCAAUCGCUUAUAGUGUUAGCGUGCCCGACUUCAAAAGCCAGGAUGCAGCCCCGGCAUUUCUACAGCCUCGCAAAUUCUCGCCAUUACUUACUAGCCCUCGGAUGAGCAUCCAGACCAUUAGCAGCUCUAACCUAAGCUCUGGGGCCACAACAAUAACAACACCACCAACACCAACAAUGCUUUCAUCGACAGAGGCGCCCCGUCAGAAGCCUGCCAUGAUUUCUCUCCACGAGGCGAAAGAGACGUUACAUGCUCCUGGUGCUAAGAUCUUAUUGCCCGAGGAGUUGCGCGCUCAGGCAGGCAGAAAGAAUACAAGAGAGUCGCAAGGACAUGUGCGAUUAUCUAGCUCAGAUAUAUUUCGCAUGCAUGCUCCACCUGAAGCUCCUGUUGUCGCCACUUUGGUCGAUAGACAAGGCAGAGUGCGCAGCAUUACCACACCACCUGCUACUAUAUCGCAAUUCCUGGACGAUGUUUCUCCACCUUUAGACAAUCGGCUUCCUUCGGUGAAUGCAUUUCCCGUCGGAAGUGGGCCAGCACGAGAAAUGGUACCACCGACGCCCACGGUUGCGGAGCACUUUUUUCAGCAACAAAUGAAUGGCAUCGAUAGUGACGAGCGGGGAAGAGUGCGAGAAAGAGGUAGAGCUAGCCUCGAUGUAUCGAAAUACAAGUUCCCGGCUUCUCCUGAGACUUAUGUGCACGAUCCAUAUCGCUUUCAGAUGGGUGACAAGCCGACCAACACAGCUGAGGAGUACCACACGUUGCUGGCUCAGACUUACCAGAAACCAUCCCCUGCUACCUCCGAAUAUGAUUCAGAUGAUAGCAUUCGAAGACAUAUGAAGAUGAUACCCCAGCCGUUGUUUUCAGGCAAGCAGCCGCCCGCUCGCAAGUCCGGUGCUCUUCAAGGAUCUGAUAGCUCGCGAUACGGAAGGAGUAGUCAGAGCUCGAUGUCAAGUCGAGGCUCCAAUAGCUUCAAUUUGCGCCUGUCAAUGUCACCGACAGGGUCACGGCGCACCAGUGGCGGCAGUGGAAGCGGCUUUGGAGACAUUCCAAUCUCACCACCCAGACAAGAUGUUCACAAGCCACAGAGCAUAUCUGUAGGAAGUAAAGGAGCCGCUCGCCCAGCAGAGUCUCAUCGCUACCAUCGUGACAGUAGGUUCGAGUCAAAGUACUAUCCGCAGCCACUCCAGCGAGCAGAUCGUACUGCGUCAAUCGAGCAGAAGCAGAAGAAGAAUCAGAAGAAGAGUAAGAACAAAUCCAGACCGAGCUUCUCCGUCACUUCUCGACCGGUCGGCGCAUCCUCGCACAGACAAAAACCAUCCAAGAACAGUACGGAAUCACCAAUGACAAGCCCGACGCUCGGAACAGGUUAUGCGGCCGUAUUGAACCCACCAGGAGCUCCACUACUGACCAAGUCCGUGAUCGAAAUGAAACUCAAAACACCAUUAUCGAGUCCACAGUCUUCACCACUCGGUAGCAAUCCUUCGACGCCUGAACCGCAAUCAUCUACAUCUGGACAUGGCAACGUUCCAUUGGACGAAUCCCCCGUACUCGGAAAUAAAAAGCAUUUUCUUCAACGAGUGGCAAUGAAGAGUAUGAGAAGGGCAAAUCAUAAAGAUGACAAUCAUGAUGAUGAUCACAAUAAUGACAAUAAUGGAGAAGUUAGAGGAGAAGGAAGACGACAAAGCAGAAACCAAUUUCCAACAACAACAGACUCCCCUCAUUUAAAUCGAGACAUCAGUCCUUUCUCAAAACCAACAACACCACCCCCUCACCCCUCACCCCACUCUCCCCAUCUCUACCCCCGCAACAGCAUCAGCAUCACCAGCAGCAGUCCUUCCACAACAACAACAAAAACAUCAACAAAACCCUCGAUGAAAAAACUAGAAUUACCCCCGCAUCUAGGCUGGUCAAAUGACAAAAAGUUCGAAUUCGAUUCAGCCACUACACCGCCUCCAAGUACGCCCGUUUCCGCGAGAUCGAGAAUCAAUUUGUUGAUGACGCCGUCGAGGUCGUCGCCGGGAGAUCACCACGAACAAGAGUGGGAGCGGGGCUUUGCUGCUCGUCAUGGGCGAGAAGGGGAAGAAGAGGAAGAAGAGGAGGAGAGUAGUCCGACGACGACUACUGAUAGUUGGAGAAGAAAGGGGAGUUUAUUUGGAAAUGUGCGUGAUAGAUUCGUGGAGAGCAAGGCUCAGAGGAGGCGAGAGGAUUUGAAAAAGAUGAUUCGGGUUGUGCCGAAUCAAGGGCCAGUAGCAGAGAGUAAUGGAGAUGGAAAAGUCGACCGCAAAGCCAGCGUUACAGCACCAGAGGGUAGGAGGAUGAGCAUAUUUUCAAGAAGGUUGAGUGAGUUCAAUUGGGUUUGA